AUGGGAACACCAAAGCGCCACUGGACGACUCUUAAGGUGUCACCGGAGUUUCUCAAGACCCUUCCAGCGUUCACCACUCCGAAAUCACGCGCCAAGAAGGUGACUGGCUCAGCUAUCCCAUCCUCACAAGCUGCAUCACCCGGACCAGAAACACCAGGCACUAGUGGGGGUACUGGUGCGUUGAGCAACUACAAGAUUAAUGCCGGGUUGAAGGAGAUGUCGACGUCUGGACUCACCAUGAAUAGUAUUACUGAAGAUUAUAAAUUAGACAAGACAAGUAGAGUACGGAAAUGGACCAAGCGUCCUGCGCAGUUCAAGACGUUCAGUGGUUUCAAAGUUGAUUAUGUCAAGUGGGGCAGUGCCCCACGGACCUCUACAAAGCCUGAAUCCAAGCCCGAGGUUGCACCACAAGUGAAGGCCGAGGUUUCAGCAUGA